AUGGGUGCUGCAUCAAGUGUUCAUGGAGGUGGUCGUAAAAAGAAACAAAAUGUUAUGGAGACACGCGAAUUAAAAACUUCAGCUGAGAAUAUAAAUAGAGAAAAUGAAAAUCGUUUAGAAGCUGAACAUGGUAAAGCAACUAAUAAAGCUGGAGGAACAGAUCACUGUAUAAGAGCAGAUAAUAAAGCUGCUAUUGUUGUUCAUGGAUGUACAGAAGAAUAUCAAACUCUAGCUGAUGAAUUGCCUGAAAUCAUUAUGAAAAAAAUCGGACCUAAUAUGAUAGCUCAUCCUAUGAUCUUAGGUAAAUAUUGUCUUGUCAGAGAUAGUGAAGAUGAAUGUGAUCAUCUAUUACGAGUACCAAUUGAUGAACACAGAAAAGUUACAAUACAAAAAUCUAAAUUACAAUUACCUCUUUAUGGUUUAUCUCAACCAACAUUUGAACAGAUUAAAAAACAAAUUAAUGAUUUACAACAUAAUAAAUGUUUAGUUGUCAAUGUACGAAGCGAUCCAUGCCUUUUUACAUUUGAUUCAAAUGACUGGCUUCCGUAUGCUAUAAGGGAGUAUGAUUCAAUUCAAAAUGUUGUGGAAAAUCAACAUCAGUCAGGAAUAGAUUUACAGGAUAUGGAAGUAAAGUGUCGAGAAGAUGUAAUUUCAAUAGUUAAAGCUAAAAGAGAAAGUGUAUUUUAUUUUUAUGAUGAUAUAACAUUUUUUGAAAAUCAACCAAUUGCACGUAUAGCUACAGCACCUGAUUAUUUAUUAGUUGGAGAAGAAAUCUACAAUGGAGCAAUUGUUGGUAAACAUGGUAUACGUUAUAUUCGAUUGAAUUUUGUACCUGGAAAAUUUCCUUUAGAAGAAGAAGUUGAUCGAUUUAUAGAUGAGAUACGUCAUAUUUGUUCAGAUUCAUUGCCAAAAUAUGUAAAUCCUUCUAAUAAAUCAAUACUAAAAACAGGAUCAUCUCAUGAUGAAGUAUCUUCAUUUAUACAUAAAAUGAUAUUACCGCAUUUUUUAAUUACUGGUCAUAAAAUUACAGAUGGUUCUAUACAACUUGGUUUAAUUAUGGGACAUUUAACAUUGAAAUCAUUAAGUAGUAUUUUUCAAUCAAUUAAUCCUAAUUGUGAACAAAAAAAUUUAUUACAAUCUAAUCAAACUACAUCAUUAUCAAAUAUAAAAUAUCCAUUAAAAAAUGAAAAUAAUUAUACUAUUUAUAAUCGUAUUAGUAGUGCUAAUAGUGGUAAUAGUAGUAGUAGUAUUACUAUAAAAUCAGAUAUUAUAAGAAAAAAAAAUAAUAAAGUAUUUAAUGAAAUUACAUUUACGAAAAAAAUGAAUUUAUUAAAAAAAGGAAAAUUCCAUUUUGUUCGACAACUUGGUCGUUAUUUACCAUUUAUGGUACAAAUUAAAGAAGAAGUGGAUAACGCUAUUGAUGAUUUUGAUGAUGUAAUUAAUUUACGUGAAGAAAUAGUUGAUUGUAUUAUUGAAUAUAUGGGACUUCCAGUAACCGAUGAAAGUGAUAAAAGCUUAUUAUGUAAAACAUUAUAUGAACGAACUAUUGAUCGAAUGGAAAGAUAUUAUUUAUUAAUCUGUUUUAAUGCAUAUCUUAAAGAGCAAAUGCAAUUAAGAUUUAGUGAAAAUUUUUCAACAUGGAUGAAACAUCAACCACGUCUUUAUCAAAUUAUGGAUUUUUUAGAUAUAUCUGAAUGGCAUACAUCAAUAGAUAUGUUAAAAUAUGAACAUCGUGUAUUAGUAACAGAUAGUUCACUUCAUGUAGAUGAAUUAAGUACACAACGAAUUACUGGUCUUGGUAAUUUUCGUCAGUUAGCUGGUGUACCAAUUUGUGGUUCAAGUCAACCAGAUACAAAUGGUAUUAUUAAUAUACAUAAUGUAUUAACAAAAGCAUAUUGGAAUAUAUCACUAAAAAAUAUAAGACCAGUUGUACAUGAAUUAAAUACUAGUAAAAAAGGUUCAGAGAAAUCAUCAAAUGGUAAAGAGGUAAAUAGUUAUGCAGUUAUAAUACCCCAAAUGAUAUGGAUAUGUCUACGUGAUGAUUAUGUAGUUAAAUAUUCAGGUGAAACAUGUAGUUGGAGAGAAAAAUAUAAACCAGAAGAUUCAAUAACAUUACGUGGAGCUAAUGGAAUGGAACUUGAGGAAAUGGAACAAAAAUUUGCUAAUUCAGUCAGUAAAAUAAAACCCCCAUGUAAAUUAUUCAAAUUAAAUGAUAAUGGGAAAUUAUCAAUGAUUAAUAUUGAGUCAACUGAUCAACAACUUGAAUUAUUAAGUUUAAAACAAAUGUUUAAACAAGCAUUUAAUAUGGUGAAUACAAUAAAUUCAUCAGUAUCAUCAUCGUCUAAUAAUAUUAAUAAUAAUAAUAAUAAUAUGGAGGUAUCAUCAAUUCAUAGCACAUUGAUUGAUAAAGUACCUAAUUCCUAUGCAAUUUAUUUGAAUGAACAUGCUAAAUAUCACCGUGUUCCGUUGCCAAAUUAUGGUCAUCCACCUCCACCGAUUUUUGACGACAUAUUACGCUUAAUGUUGAAUAAUGCUCGUGGUCUUUUAGCCAGUGCAAAUACGUGUCUUUCAUUAAAACACGCUUGCAGUGGUUUAAAUCAACCAAAUAAAUCAGCAAGACAAUCCAUUUUUAAUUCAACUAAUAAAGAUGACUUACAAUUACCAAGUCCAUCAGAUACAUUAUUAAACAAUGUGCCUGUAACAAAUCUAAUAUUUUUUUGUGAAAAUGGUCGUGAACGAACAAGUUUGGCUAUGGCUAUAGCUGGGCUUAUUCAUUGCCAUUUAUUUGGAUUUAUGUUUGGUUAUCGAGCUGAAGAAGAAGAACGUAUUUCAUUACGUGAUGCAAAAUACACCAAGGGCGAGUUUAUUAUUAUAAAAAAAUUGAUUCGUAUGUUGCCAAGAGGUCAUCAAAUAAAACGUGAAGUUGAUUAUGUAUUAGAUAAAUGUUAUGAAUCUAUGUCAAUGAUGCAUUUUCAUACAAGAGAAGAAAUUUACUUUACUUAUGUUAAAGCACGAGAUGAAAAUGAUCCAGAAAAGAAAUUAAAACUACGUAAAAGAAGUUUAGCCUAUUUGGAACGAUACUUCUUUCUAAUUCUCUUCAAUGCAUACCUUCAUGAUCAACAACCUAAACGGUGGAAAAUUUCAUUUGAAGUUUGGAUUGAACACGCUACACAUCAAGUAUACUUUAUGGAUAUAUUAGAUAAUUUUGGUUUUCCUGAAUUUGAAGAACCAGAUAAACUCAGACGUAUUCGUGAACGUUGGCGACCAGAUGGUUCAAAACAUCCUGCUUUACUUGGAGAUUUUACUUAAUUCAAUAUUUUAAUAACUAACAGCAUACACUUUAUAAAUAAUAACCAUAUACAUAUAUAUAAAACUUUAUUAAAUACAUGUAUUCAUACAUCUCUAUUCUACCUUACAGAAUGUUUUUUUAGAUUAUUUCUCAGUUUCUCUGUUAUUUAAGUGUAGUAAUAGAAAACAUGAAUAUCUUAUUAUUUCUGUACUGUGUUUCUGUUCAAAUAAAAUACUGAA